AUGCGUGCAGUCAUAGGGGUUGCCCUGAAUAACCUCGCCGUCUUGGCUGCAGCCAGCUAUGCUCACAGCAAAUUUGAUUGGGCGAGUAUCAGCCCUUCUAAAGAUCUCAUCUAUCAUGACUGCUUUGAUGGCUUUAAAUGCGCCCGUCUAAUCGCCCCAUUGGAUUAUAAGAAUGAUAGCGACUUGCGAACUGUCGCUAUUGCCAUGAUCAAGUUACCAGCCGUCGUAUCAGACGAUGAUAGGGCAUUUGCAGGCUCCGUCACUAACCUGGGCGGCCCUGGAGGAGCAGGCUUUGGUUUUAUACUAAGGGCCGGGAAAGGUUUACGAGAUGUCCUCGACAAGCCCGGCCUUCGCCACUACGAAAUCGUUUCAUUUGACCCUCGUGGUAUUGAGCUGCGAGGCCGGGGACCUCUCGACUGCCGUGGAGGCACCAACGUGCCUUACAUCCUUGCGAUCCAAAAGGCUAUCGAUCUUCUAUGCCAGCACGUAGAAGCGAAUGGUAUCAACGGCGGCCAGAUUAUGGCUUACAUGGGUACACCUAAUGUUGCCCACGACAUGGUUCACAUGGUGGACAAGAUUGCAGAACUCCGGGUCCGCGAUGCCAUUUAUCGAAAGAGCGGCGGCGAUAAUGUAGAAGACUAUGUAGAACUAAAACGGGAAAUAAACGAAGGAGACGACGAUAUUCCUCGAUUGCAGUAUAUCGGCUACUCCUACGGCACAGUCUUCGGAAUCUACUUUGCGUCCUUGUUUCCAGGUCGUGUUGGAAGGAUUGCUCUCGACGGCGUGGUCGAUGUUAAUGAUUACUCUUCAAGACCUGGCUGGAUGACCAACCUUGUAGAUACAGAUGAAAUUGCCGACCGAUUUUUCAGCGGAUGCCAUGAAGUUGGCCGCAAGAUCUGCGCCCUCUCCCGCAAUGGCGACAAGUCAGACGCCUCAAUUAAAAGUCACUUCUCCUCGUGGCUAUCAAAGCUAGAUGAAGAACUAAUCUCCACAAUCGGUCGUUCUGGUGAGAUAAUUGUUAUUAGGAGCCAGGAUAUUCGCGAGAUGCUGGGCGCGGCGCUCUACAGGCCUCGCAGCUCCUUUAUAAUCCUUGCCACAGCACUCGACGGUGCUAUGGGUGGAGAUACUGCCGCCAUUGUAAAGAUUCUGUUUCAACGCCACAUUCCUCAUCUAAAUGACGUCUGCGCUAUCAACGACACUGGUCCAGACUCGGAAACUUACCUGCAAGAAGGUACUGCCAGCGUGCUCUGCGCUGAUGGGGAUAGUGUAUCGGACUAUGAUAUUGCAUGGUGGAAGCAAACUUCCGGCCUAAUUGGAUUUUUAAAGGACCAUUCACAACUCCUCCAGUUAUACAUUCCGCCUCCGGAAAUCCUAUUUCUGGUCACCCCUGCCGCCCCCAUCCUGUUCAUAUCAAACCGCCUCGAUCCCGUAACUCCCCUCAACGCCGCGCGUGCUAUGGCCUCCAAACACCCUGGAGCGGGCCUUAUAAUCACGGAGGGGCUUGGACACGGUACUAUGGGCACCAGUGAUAGUGUAUGUCUGCACAGUUAUGUGGCCGAUUAUUUUGACAGUGGCGUUGUGCCGGCCGGUGAGGCUACGUGUAUACCGGAUUGCGGUCCUUGGGAUAUAGACUGUAAGACUUUUGGGGUCGAAAUUAUGCCUGAUAAUAGCCGUGGCUAUGGUAGAGGCCCUUUAGCAUUUUAA